AGCCGUUUAUUUACCCAAGAGUUGUUGUUCUGAUCGCAAGUGUUUCCGAUUUCAGUUGUGAUUUUUUCAUUUUGGUUUUUACAUUUUUCAACAAUUUUUUUUUUGCGUUAAAGAGUUUUAUUUAUUGUGUGUAUGUGUUAAAAUGAGUCUGUUUAUUUGCUAAAAUUGUUUAAGUUAUAUUUUCUCUCAGUGAAGUGAAGCGAUUAUGAGGUCAUACACUGUUUAGUAUUCGGUUUCAUCAAUCAAUUGACCCUGAAUUUUAUUGGCCAAAAAAGUCAAUAAAGUGACAUCAUGGCAACUGUUGGCAUCGGAAAUUGCCAAAAUCAGAUACCAUAUGCUGAGAAAACGGCAGACCCAAAAUAUGGAAAUGAGAAAAGCAUUGUUGAAUUCUUAAUUCAAAUUCUAAAGAAAGCGGCGUUAAUAACUGCGAUUUACUUUUUCGGUUACUUUAAUUGGUCGGUUGCAUGGAUCAUCACGCCAAUGAUUUUAGUUGAAACACAUAAAUACUGGCGCGUAAAUGACGAAAAUAGCAAAUUCGUGAGGAAAAUUGCCACACUCUCAGCAGCAACGAAUGAAAAAGAUGUGAUUCUAUCGAACAUCAAAGACAUGCCGUCAUGGGUGUAUUUUCCGGACUUUGAGCGCUGCGAAUGGGUUAACAGCAUUUUACUGCAAAUAUGGCCGAAUGUAAACGAUUUCCUGAAAAACUUUGUAAAAGACUUUCUUGAGCAAAAAAUUCGAAAAUCACUGUCCAAGAAGAAAUUGAAUGACUUUGAAUUUGAUCGCAAUCGGAUUUUAUUUGGAACAACUCCCCCGAGAAUAGGCGGCGUUAAAGUAUACGAUAAAAAUGUUUCACGCGAUGAAAUCAUUGUUGAUUUGGAAUUGAUUUUUAUGAGCGACUGCAAUGUCAACUUUAAGUUGGCCGGGUGUCAUGCGUCUUUACAAGAUUUUGAAAUUCACGGUAUGAUACGAUUGAUAAUGAAGCCGCUAAUUUCGAAUAUGCCAUUCAUUGGCGGAAUGCAAAUUUUCUUUUUGGAUAAACCGCAUAUUGACUUUAAUUUGGGCGGAACGAGUGAAAUUUUGAAAAUUCCUUAUUUGAGUGAUUUGUUGCGUCGCGUGAUUUCAAAGAAAAUCGCUAAAAUCAUGGUAUGGCCCAAUAAGUUCCCCGUGAAACUAACCAAAAAAGCCACAUCAGCUGCAAUAAGAAUGCCAGAACCAGAAGGUGUUUUGAGAAUAAAUGUGGUGGAAGCGCGUGAUUUAAUCAAACAAGAUAUUGGUGGCAAAUCGGAUCCGUAUUGCAUUUGUGUGAUUGGAAUGCAACAAUUUCGAACUCGAACCAUUUAUAAUAAUUUGAACCCUGUUUGGAACUACGUUUGUGAGGCAUGUAUCGAUGUUAAAUGUCCGAGGUCAAUACAAUUUCAACUUCACGAUUGGGAUAGAACGGGAGGUAGCGAUCCGCUGGGCAGCGCAACGGUUGACAUAAGCCACAUUAUUAAGAAUGGCAGUCUAGAUACGUGGAUCUAUCUAGAGAAUGUUAAACACGGGGAAUUACAUGUGCGUUUCACGUGGCAUGAACUGUCGAGCAUGUACGGUGAUCUGCGUGAGGCUCUGGCUGAAACCAAAUUAUUACAAACGACAAAAUUAAGCAGUGCUGUUUUGUCUGUUUUUAUUGAUUCUGCAAGUGACCUACCUCAAGUGGACGAUCACGAAUGUAGUAAACCGGAUCCAUUUGUUGUUCUCUCGGUGGGAAAUGUCGAACGAAAGUCAUCGGCCAAAAAAGAAACAGAUAACCCCGUUUGGGAACAAGGUUUUACAUUUCUGGUUUCGAACCCAGAAACAGAUGCACUUCAAAUUCGAGUUGCCGGGAAGAAUCCGGAUGAAAAAUAUGGCGAUCGUCUUGGACAAUUUACAUUUAAAAUCGCCGAGCUUUUGACGCAAAACGAUUUAUGUAACCAUUUGCAAUCAUAUCAAUUGAAAAAAUCGGGAUCAACAUCUAAAAUUACCAUGGCAUUGGCAUUGAAGAUUUUGAAAAAGGCUGAAAGUCGUUCCAAUGACUUACCCACCAUGGAUGAUACAGCAGUUGAGCCUGACGAAGAGCUACUAGAUGAAAGUAUUAUAUCAGAAGUUGGAAAUCAAUUGAAAAAUGGCGUACACGAGCAGAACGUAGAUCAACAAAUAGCAAAUAUCCACACUGAGUCAUGCGAUAGCCCACCAAAUGACGGGUCUUCUUUGAGUUUCUUUGGAUUGGGUUGCGUCAAAGUCACUUUGCACUACAGUGUUGAACUUCAAUAUCUGUCCGUUACAAUUCAUAAGAUUAUAAACAUCCCGCUAAAGGAUCAAUCAGUUGCAUUGAAUCCGUAUGUGAAAUUGUAUCUAUCAGGACGGCAAUCAGAAACGAAGCGAAAAACGCGUGUAGUAAAAGAUACAAGUGAUCCCAUUUAUGAUGAAACCUUUCGAUAUUUACUUUCACCCGCCGAAUUGAAAACCAAUAAAUUGCACAUAGUUGUGGCAACGCGAAAUACAUUUUAUGCACUGCUACAUGGAACGAGUUCGAUUCUGGGAAAGGUGCAAAUUAGCUUAGAUGAUGCGGACAUUGCAUCGGGAGGCGUCACAAAUUUCUAUGAUAUUUCACCUGAUAACGAGCAAGAUUGAGCGAAUGCAGUCUCUUCCAACACACAUUUUUUAUUGAACAAGUCCGGUGACCAUAACAUAUGGUUUUUUUUCGUAUAUUUUAUCACUUUAAAAGUAACACUUUUCUGCAUUUUUUGCAUUCAUUCCAGUUUUAUAGUUUAAUAAUCGAGUCAAACUUACCUCACAGAGAUAUUCUCUGCUAAAAUAGAACACCGACAUUUCCAAUCUGUUAUACGAUUUUAAAAAUAAAGUGCAAUCCAAUUGAAAUAAAUGAAAA